ACUUGUCAUUCUUCAUGCUUUCAUGGAUCAGACUCUUUCUGUUAAUCUUUCAGGUGAGUUCAGAGUGUGCACCAUACUAUGCCAGACUAUAGGUGAUGCCUACAUGGUGGUUGGCGGUGUGCCUGUUCCUACAGACACUCAUGCAGAGCGGGUGGCAAACUUUGCCCUCAGUAUGAGAACUGCUGCGAGAGAAGUGACUAACCCUAUCACACGACAAUCCUUACAGAUCAGAGUAGGCCUGAAUACGGGUUCAGUUUUGGCUGGUGUUGUAGGUGAGAAGAUGCCACAUUACUGCUUGUUUGGAGACACGGUUAAUACAGCCUCUCGGAUGGAGAGCCACGGAGUUCCUGAUCACAUACACCUGAGCCCAUUCACAUACAGUGUGUUAAAGUAUAAAAAAAUCUUUGAGAUUGCUGAGAGGGGAGAGAUCGAAGUGAAAGGCAAAGGCCUGAUGAGAACAUACUUCCUGCUGAUGAACCUCCAAAAGAGCAAAAAAAACCCCAAAAAAACACAUCAUGGGCUUGGUUGCUGA